GACUUAACCUUAAUGUACAAAGCAACACUCACAGCCACAGAAGAAGAGAAACAAAAAUACAAACAAACGAAAAAAGAGAAAAAAAUCUACUACAAUCCGGCAUAUCUCUCCGGUUGUGCUGUCAGUAUACUGCAGUCAGUUCACUGAUUAUUAAUCGUUCGAGCUAGACGUGGAAAUAUUUUUCCAUAAUUCUCGUGCAUUUAUUUAAUAAUUUUAAACAAUUAAUAAUUCUGUAAUUAUGCGUAACGCGUAGUUAAGUGUUAAGAUUCGAUAAUACGAUAUAGUACGAAAAAAUUAAACGUCAAAAAAUACGAAACUAAGCAUUUUAAGCAGGCCAGCAACUUGUUGAUUCAUACAUAUAUGUAUAUGGAAUAACAAAUGUCUAUUACCUGUAAUUUCUUCUACUCUAUACGGCAGUGAAUUAUUUUAUACAACAAAUUUUAUGAAAGAAAAACUCAAAAAAAUUGAUAAAAAAAGUUUGAUAACAAAUGUGUGUGUUUGUGCUGUUUGUGUGUGCUUAAUGCUUAAACUAACAUAACAUAUUAUAAAUAGGGUGGUCUUUAGAAUAGAUCGAUAAUUAUGGAUUUGCCGCAAUCAUUCGACGAGCGACAAGACGUGCAACAAAAGACAUUCACAAAAUGGAUUAAUCAUCAUCUGGCAAAGGGUGGAUUUGACCCAGUAAAGAAUCUUUAUGAGGAUUUACAAGAUGGACACAAAUUAUUGGCCUUACUGGAGGUUCUCACGAACCAAAAAUACAAACCUGAGCGUGGUCACAUGCGUGUACAUUUCAUAAGCAAUAUCAACAAAGCCCUUAGUGUCCUUCAAGAGUAUGGCGUGCGAAUGGUAAACAUAUCUAGUGAUGAUAUAGUCAGUGGCAAUCCAAAACUAACACUCGGUCUCAUAUGGCUGAUUGCGUUGAGCUUCGAUGGUCAGCAGCUCGUAACAUCACAAGCAAUUAGCGGAAUUGAAAAGUCAUUAAAGGCGUGGGUGUGUAAAUUUACCGAGCGCCAUGGCUUAAAAGUCAAUGACUUUACACAAUCGUGGAACGAUGGAUUAGCAUUCUUGUACAUUCUCUACGAAACCAUUCCAGUGAAAUUUGAUUUGGCAGCAGCUAAAAAGAUGCAUCCAAAUGCAAGACUUAAGAUGGCAUUCGAUAUGGCUUACGAUCAGCUAGGAAUCGAAAAUCUAUUAGAUCCUGAAGAUGUGAAUGUUAAGAGACCCGACCGUAAAAGUAUUCUAAUGUAUAUAAUGUGCCUUUACAAUGCAAUUCACAAGAAAGGUCUCGAUACUGAUCGUAAGCGAUUGAGUGAGGAGAGUAUAGACGAGAUUCAAUUACUCAAUGAGAACGAGAUGAAACAGACACCGAGUGACAGUGAUGGUGAAACAGAAAAUAAGAAAGCAAAGCUUAAUGUUGACGGUAAGAUGGAUGAAAUUUCAUUAGCAAAGUCAAUUGAGGAUUUGAGACGAUUGACAAGUGAGAAUCGUAAUAGUUUCAUAAGUACGGAAGUCAACAUUGUACAGACAAUUACACAUCAUCAGCAAAAUGAGGAGAUUAAAAACAAUCAACGGCCAUUGUCAACAGCAACAAACUGUUCUGUUGAAAUCACAGAAUAUCAAUCAGCAAUUGAGGACGUGCUUGACAAACUAUUACGAGCAGAAGACACAAUAGCCGAUGAUCAUCCAAUUCCAGAAAGUCUAACUGAUUCUCGUAAACAAUUUCAAUUACAUGAAGAUUUUAUGCUUAAACUUGCCGAUUAUCAAGUUUCUGUUGGAUCAGCACUUGAGGAAGGAACGAAAUUAUUGACUGACUCAUCUGGUCUAUCAAUUGAGGAACAGAAUGAAAUUAAACACCAACUUUUCUUACUAAAUGAACGAUGGGAGGCACUAAGAGUGAAAGCACUUGAUACACAAACAAAAGUCCACAAACAUCUGGCAACAAUGCAGCUUGAUAAGGUCAAUGAACUUAAAGAUUUUCUUACGUCAACUGAAGAUAGAUUAUCAAGAAUGUCAGAACUCGGACCAGAUCCUGAUGGUCUCAGGAAACAAAUGGAAGAGCACAAGAAACUUCAAGCAGACUUGGAAGCUCAACAAGCACUUGUUGAGUCAUUAAGCAACUUGGUGAUAAUUGAAGAUUCCGAAUACUUUAGAGAUUUAGAAGAUAAGUUAGUUGCUUUAGAGGAACGAUGGUCGCAUGUUGUUAAAUGGACGAGUAAGCGAUGGGAUAAUUUACAGGAAUUGAGCUACAAGUGGACGAAACUAGCAGAAGAACAUAGAGUUAUUAAUCAAUGGCUUGAUUCCCGUGAGAAAUGUUUAAAGGAUAUGGAAACGAAGGAAGUAACAGAAAUUGGGACUGCAAUUGAUAGAAUCAAGUGCUUAGAAUUUUGUAGAGCUGAUUUAAAGAAGCUACAAAAUUAUGUUGAAAACCUUGAGACAGUUACACAAGGACUUAAAGUCGACAAUCUAUCCACACUUAAUAUUGCUGAAAAAGUUGAGCAAAUUAACGACAAAAUUGAAGCGUUAGAUGAAAUUCUUGACAUUCAGCAUCAAAGAAUCGAAGCAAUGGGUUUCCAUGUCGACAAGUCACUAACAAGAAGAGUAUCAAUCCCACCUGGAUGGCUUAAUUUUGAGGAUAGAAUUAUUGAAAUUGAUGGACGUAGAAAGUCUUUAAUUGCAAGGACUGUAGAAACAGUCGUUGAAGAUGACGAAAAAGCAACUAAGCCAGAAGAAAGUGAAAAGGUCACAAAACUCAACGAGAGUAUAAUGGAUAUGGUUUAUUUUGUCGACGAAAUUGAGACAUCAAUAGCUGACCUUUAUCAACUCGACUUAAAGACACAAAUUACUGUUUUAGAGAAACUUCAAGACAAACUUAAGAAUCAAGUUGAAGACUACGAAAAGGCAAAGAAUUUACUUGAUGAAUGCCAGCACGAGACUACUGGAGAGCUUCAAGUUGAGCAUCAACAUAUUCAUGAAUUAGGAUCGAAGUAUGACUCAAUUGGAUUUAAGAUUGAGGAUCUUAUUGAAAGUGCCAAGAUUGACUUUAAAAAAGAGAAAUUUUGUAAAGAUUUAACGAGUAUUAAGCUUACGCUUGCUGACUUAAGAGACUGGUAUAAACAGCAUGCUCAUUCAGCGACUCCUGAUGAUCUUCAGAAACGCUUAGUGGAUAUGAAGGAAAUGCAGGAAAUUAUUAAAGAAGCCAGUGAAUCAUGUGCCACUGAAAAUGGCACUGAAUGGGUUGAAUGGAAGCGCGAUUUUGAACAAUUUGAUCAGAGCUGGACAGACCUUAAUAAUGCGAUAGUCACAAUAGUUGAUGAAAAGAGUGAAUCAGCAAAAAAGACGGAAGUUCUUAAAGAAUUUGAGAAGCAGACAGAAGAAGUGCUGACUGGUAUCGACAGUAUGGAGACAUGGCUUGAUGACCUUGAAAAAAAUACACCAAGCACAGCCAACAACUUGCUUGAAAAUGUCAAUGACUUAUUCCAAGUUAAAUCUAAAUUCCAAACCCUAAAAGAAUCAUGCGAACAAAUGACUGUAAAGUUCCGUGAACUUAACGAAUCAGGCAAUGAAAUGUUACUUAAAGGUGACGAACUUCUACAAAAUAAACGAGACAGCAACUUUUCACAGCUAGCCAAGAAGCUUACUAAACUUAGUGCAAGAUGGAGUGAAGUCACGUCACAAGUAUAUUCAAGAACUGCUUCAUUGGAGCACUUAUCAGCACAAUAUGGGGAAUUGAAGACUUUGUUGGUAUCUGAAGCUGGAUAUUUAGAUAAACUUGACAAGUUGUUAAGGAGAAGUCCAGAGAAUGCAGCUGAUGCUGAAGAGAUUUCUGAGGAACUAGAUGACAUCGAGAACUAUCUAAGAAACAACUCAUCUGAGUCACGAAUCGAUAAAAUUCAGGAAGUCGGGAAUGAUCUUGUUGACCUAAGCUUCCUUCGAAAUGAAAUCAAUAUUGAAAUCAACGCAAUGUUGGAUAGAAGGGAGCAGCUUCAUCAUCAGGCCGAGACAAGGAUUCACAUACUGGAGCAGGCAGUGUCAGAAGCACAAACAAGUGAAUCGCAAGUCACUGAACUACAGCAAUGGAUAUUCCGCGUUGAUGACUUAUUAAAUGAUUUUAUAGAGCACGAUACAACAUUUGAAUGCUUACCUCACGAUUUUCAGCGCUUGACAGAAGAAUUUCAAGCAAAUGCUAAGGUCUUGGAUGAUAUGAAGCGACAAGUCGAGACGUACAAGGCUCAUGGAAAAAUAGAAGCAGCAAACCGUUAUCAAGAUCAAAUAAAUUUAUUACAAGACCGCUUCCUUCACUGUCAGGAGAAGCUUGAGAAGUUUACAUCACCACAAGCAAUUUUCGAAAACAAAUUGGGUCGAGCAAUUGCAGACCUUAGGAACGUGGAGAGAAGCUGCUGUGUUUUAGAUUUAGCAUCAGCAGGAAGUCAACAUGUUCAUGACCAAUAUCAACACUGCUUGAAACUUUAUCGAACGUUAUCAGAAGUAAAGCCAGAAAUUGAGUCAAUAAUCAAGUCAGGAAGGCAGUUAUGUAAUGAACCGUCGACUAAAGAUGCUAAGAAGUUAAACACAAGAAUCGAUACAUUAAAGUAUCUUUACAAUAAUCUAGGAGAUACAGUCACAACGAGUAAGAAUGGACUUGAAAGAAUCAUUAGACUAUUAACCCAAUUUAAUCAGACAAUCGAAGUUGUUGUCAAAUGGAUUGGCAAAAAUAAGCAUGACCGAAUGGACAACAACAACCAUGAAAUCCAAAUAGAAAAAGUAAACGAAGUCGAAGCUGAACUUAGAAAAUGCCAUCAAAUUUUUGACGAAUAUAAAACAAUUGUUGAUGCUGCAUAUCUUGCUGACAUUAAUGAUCGUCUUAGUCUAGUCGAUCGCGAGUUCAAUGAAUUUUUAAAUUUAGACACAGACAAAAAGAUGUUAAAUGAUAUGCUUCAAACACUUCAAAACAUCGAUCAAGUUUCAAUUGAUGCAUUACAAGCGAUGGAAGUGAGCUUGUCAAAAUUGAAGCCAGGGUCGGAGGAGGUAGCGAAGCUACAUGAUCAAGUAACGAAGAUUGUUGUGGAAGCAAUCGAAUUUCACCUCAAAACUGCACAACUCAUGAUAAAGCCUGAUGAAGAAGAUGUAGAAAUUGUUAUGGUUAGUGAUACAAUAAGACAAAGACGAUCGCGUACGCCAAUUUCAGCAACAUCAGAUGGUAAUCGUGAAUCAAAUCUUGUUGUAAUGCCCGAUUUACUGCCACAAUCAAAUGAGAAUUGUAAGGAUAAUAUGCUAGAAUCGAUUGAGACACAGUUGGUUAAUGGACAGCCAUAUACAGUUGUAGAAGUUAAAGAAAUUGAGGAAUUAAAAUCACCAAAAUUAGGACAAAUUGUUGAUACAGUUAGUAUACUCGAAAAUUGUAAUCAGCUUGAGCUACAGCAAGUGGAAACUGUUAAUAUAAUUGAUGCAUCAUCAGAUACUGACACAGCCAAUUCAACACCGCAACUGCAAAGAAAAUCAUUCAUAAAUGUCGAAACUGUCAACUAUAAAGCAAAUGGUUCAUUUGAUGAAUUGCAAACAGAAUUAAAGAAGGAACUGGAAACAAUAUCCUAUUUUGAGUUUGACAUAAACGAUGAUCAAAUUCCUUCAAUAGAUACACAGCCUAAAAAUGAAGACAAAGUGCCAGAAAUUGAUGAGAAAAAAAUUAUUUCAAUGAUGAAGCUGCGACCGACUUUACAGGAAUUACUUAUGGCAGACAGAGUUAACAGCUUUUAUGCUGCUGAUAAAGAAAAUGAUGAACCAUUGGAAUUUUCAGACGAUGAAGAGAUUCCACGAUUUUCCGUUGAAAUUGAUUCUGAUAGUGAUUUGUCAAGAAUAGAAACCCCAAUUAAAGCAGAACCCGAUAAAGAGACAACAUUCAACAACGAAGAGUCAUUUAUGAACGGAACAAUAGUCACAAGUUCUCCGUUCACAUACAAGUCAGUCACUCCAUUGGAUCAGCGAGUCGAGCAAUUUGAGAAAACUGCACGAUAUAUUAUGAAGAAAUUGGACCAGACACUUGAACAGAUUCAGUCAUGCGAUGACGGCUCGAGUGUCGUUGAACAUAUGAAAUUAUCGAUAGCACCAGAUGCAGCAUUAAUUCUCUCACAAGGUGACACAUUAAUCCUCGAGACGCAUGGAAAAAAUUCAGAAUUAACGCAAAGGUUAUUAAACAUCCAAAAGGAAUUGCGUGAUAAAUAUAAAGACAUGCAAAAUUCAAACACGACAAAUUUGAGUGCAUUGGAGAAGAAUCACAAUAUGGAUCCAGAAAAUCAGUAUUCACCAAAAGAGAAAAUUUGUACGGAUAAGAAAUUCCCAGUUGAUUUAUUGCACCAAAAUUCAACAGCAUCAAUCAAGCUUGAUGAUCUUGUCGAGAAAGUUUUAAAGAGAGUCAAAGAUUUAGUCUCGAAAUCCGUCGAUUACUCAUCAGAAGAAGAUAUUACGAAAAGAAUAUUAGACAUUGGGGAAAAACAAGAAGAUUUGAAAUUUGCCAUAGAAUUUGCGUCACAAUCAACCGACCCAACAUCUGCAUCGCAAAUGGACUUUUUGGAAAAGGCGAAGAAAGAUCUUUCAUCGCACUGUGAUCAAAUAGUCAUGUCUCUCGCGACACUCAACAAACAGCGUUCCGUGGAAAAGCAAUCGAUUAGGACAACUGUCACAAUUUCAAAAGUGUCGAAAACACCAGUUUUAACAACGACUAGUAUGCCAAUUACAACGACUAGUCAAUCAAAGACAAUUACGUUGGAUGGGGUGACGGAGAGAAAUGAUCUAUCAAAUCAGACAGAAGCUGAGAUGUCAAAGGAAAUUGAUGAAAUUCCAAAUGCUGAUGUUGCAAAACGUAAAGACAUUGCAAAGGAGAAAUUUUUCAACGAGACUAACGGAACUGAACGUAGAGAUUCCAGUGGUGCAUCAUCAAUCGGAGUGAAAGAGUCGUAUGUUCCUGGAUCGUUUACUGCAAAGCAAAAGAGUCGUCCUAGUAUUAUAACAGCUACAAUUGCUGCAAGUUUUGACAACUCAAUCUUACAGAUAUCCGACUGGCUGAUGUUGAAUCGUGAAAUGCUAAAGCAACAAACCAUACCUGUUGGUGACGUUGAUGUUAUUGCGAAUGCCAUCGAUCGACAAAAGACGCUCCUACGUGAGUUGGAUUUUAAAAAGCCUCAACUAGAUGAGCUAGUCAACACAGCGGAAAGCUUAAAAACUGAUGCCAAUAAGUUACAAUUACAGAAUAAAGUAACACGUUUACGUGAACAAUGGGACGAUACAUCGAAUUGCGUUAUGAAGAGGAAAUCGGAGCUUGUAGCGAUGCUGGGUGAUUCACAAAGAUAUGACUCGAAACGGCAGGAAAUUGAAGCUUGGCUCAUGCGAAUGGAGAGUCGAGCAGAGAGAAUGGGAAAUGCGGCCGCACAAGCAGAUGUUUUAGACUUUUCUGCGCUCGAGGCAUCACAGAAAGAGCAAAAGAUGUUCCACGCUGAAUUACACACCUACAAGCAUCACAUCGAACUUUUCAAUCAAUUAACUCAAAAGCUUAUUGCCGUCUAUCCAGCUGAUGACACAUCACGAAUCAAGCGAAUUACGGAGAGUGUUAAUCUCAGAUAUAAAAAUUUGAACAAUACGGUGGUUACGCGUGGUAAGGUCUUGCAUGCUGCUGUCCAUUCACUGCAAUCGUUCGAUAAAUCAUUGGAUCAAUUCUUGGCAUGGUUGAGUGAAGCUGAAUCACUGUGCGAAACAGGAGAAGCAUUGACCGCCGAGGGUGGAGAGAUUGAAGCAAAAGCUCUGGUUAAUUUAAAGGACUUACAAUCAGAAAUUGAAGCACAUCGUGUAGUUUAUGAUAGACUCGAUGGCACUGGAAGGAAAUUGCUCGGUUCACUUACAUCGCAGGAAGAUGCUAUUAUGCUUCAGAGACGAUUAGAUGAGAUGAAUCAACGUUGGAAUCAUUUGAAGUCAAAGAGUUUAGCUAUAAGAAAUCGUCUAGAGUCAAAUUCCGAGCAUUGGAGUGCAUUACUACUAUCCCUACGAGAAAUGACCGAGUGGGUUAUCAGAAAAGACACUGAACUAUCAUCGUUAAGUCAUAGUCCCGUACGCGGCGAUGCAGCAAGUUUAGCAAAGCAAUUGGAUGAUCACAAGGCAUUUAGACGACAACUAGAAGAUAAAAGACCAAUUGUUGAAAGCAAUUUGCUGAGUGGACGACAAUAUGUUGCGAGUGAACCACCAUUAUCAGAUACAAGCGACUCUGAAGCAUUUGAUGCCGAUUCUCGGUACUUAUCAGCUGAAGAUCAAAAUCGUGAACUCACGCGAAGUAUUCGACGUGAAGUGGCAAAGUUGACAGAACAAUGGAAUCAUUUAAUCAAUCGAAGCGACAAUUGGAAACAUCGGUUGGAUGAAUACAUGACGAAAAUGCGUCAAUUCCAAAAGACCUUGGAAGAUUUGAGUUCGCGUGUUAGUCAAGCAGAACAAUUGGCUCAUUCAUGGCAAACGCCAGCAUCAGCAAAUGAGGCAAUUGAUCAAAUGCAGUAUCUGCAGCGUCUAAAAGACCAGAUGACAACAGCGGGUGCAUUAUUGGAUGACUGUAAUGAACAGCAAAGCUUUUUCACUGCAAAUCACGUGUUAGUUCCUAGUCAAUGCUUAUCAAAGCUUGAAGAUUUGAACACGCGCAUGAAAUUAUUACAAAUUGCCAUUGAUGAACGUCAUAAGAUUCUCGUGCAAGUUGGUGGAAAUCAAUUGAGUGCAUCAAUGAGUGAGAAUAAUAGGAAUUUACAUAACUUGUCUGGCACAAUUGGUCCCGUACCGAAUUUGGCGACAAGCGUUAAAUCACCUUGGGAAAGAGCAACGACUCCAGCGAAUGUGCCUUAUUACAUUAACCACGAACGUGAAACAACAACAUGGGAUCAUCCAGAUAUGAUUGAUUUAAUGAAAUCCUUAUCAGACCUAAACGAUAUUCGAUUUUCCGCUUAUCGUACGGCAAUGAAACUUCGUACCGUUCAGAAGAAAUUAUCAUUCGAUAAAAUUCAAAUGAAUGUUGCCAUUGAACGAUUCGACAUUCAUGGAUUGCGAGGACAGAAUGAUAAACUAAUUGAUAUUGCGGACAUGACGACAGUAUUGCAUUCACUUUAUGUGACAGUUGAUCAAAUUGAUAUGCCACUUCUGUUGGAUCUCGCAAUAAAUUGGAUACUUAAUGUUUAUGAUUCCCAACGUACUGGACAAAUUCGAGUGCUUAGCUUUAAAGUCGGUCUCAUAUUACUGUGUAAAGGACCUCUCGAGGAGAAAUAUCGUUAUCUAUUCCGACUUAUUGCUGAUCAAGAUAAGAAAGUUGAUCAGAGAAAAUUGGGACUUUUGCUUCAUGACUGUAUACAGGUUCCACGUCAAUUGGGUGAAGUUGCAGCUUUUGGUGGAUCAAAUAUUGAGCCAUCAGUUCGUUCAUGUUUCGAACGUGCUGGUGUUAAUCAGAAUGGCGAGCUUUUAGAAACUUCCAUUGAAGCACAACACUUCCUUGGUUGGCUUCAACAUGAACCACAAAGUCUUGUAUGGCUUCCAGUUAUGCAUAGAUUGUCAGCAGCAGAAUCAGCAAAACACCAAGCAAAAUGCAAUAUUUGCAAGGAAUAUCCAAUUGUCGGCUUUAGAUAUCGAUGCUUAAAAUGCUUCAAUUUUGAUAUGUGUCAGACGUGCUUCUUCCUUGGCAAAAAUGCUAAAAAUCAUAAACUCACACAUCCAAUGCAUGAGUACUGCACAACGACAACGUCAUCAGAGGAUGUUCGUGAUUUCACACGAGCACUUCGCAAUAAAUUCAAGUCAAGAAAAUAUUUCAAAAAGCAUCCACGAGUUGGUUACUUGCCAGUCCAGAGUGUCCUCGAGGGUGAUGCUCUCGAAUCACCAGCACCUAGUCCACAGCACACUACACAUACACUUCAAAACGAUAUGCAUUCACGACUUGAGAUGUAUGCAUCGAGACUCGCACAAGUUGAAGGAGGAAGUGGAACAAGAAGCAAUUCAACACCAGAAAGUGACGAUGAACAUCAAAUGCCAAAUCCAUCAAUUUCAUCAUCAAACGGACCGAAAUCACCAAGCAAUGAAGCUGAAGAGCGCGAAGAGUUGGAACAAAUUAUUCGUGAUCUUGAGGAAGAGAAUGCCACAUUACAGGCAGAGUAUGAACGACUUAGAGUCAAGCAAACACCAACGACGACUCCAGACGAGUCACAAACGACACCAACACAAGGAAGUGGAACUGGAACUGGACAGGGACAGGACAUGAUGGCUGAAGCUAAGCUUCUGAGACAGCACAAAGGACGAUUAGAGGCAAGAAUGCAAAUUCUGGAAGACCACAAUAGACAGCUUGAAGCACAACUACAGAGACUACGUCAGUUAUUAGAUGAGCCAAACACAAAAGCAUCAACACUCCAAACACGAGCAGUGACAGCAUCCCAAUUGAAUACGGAAUCACCUGCUAAGCUCCAACAAAAUGGACAUUACACGUCUGAACAGAAUUCAAAUGGAACACAACAAAUAGGAAAUGAUAAUGGUGGUAAUUUCAAUGCUAUGAGCAAUGCAUCGGGUGCACAUGUGAAUGAGCAAUUAAUGAAUCGUCCACCACCACCUGCUCAUACACAUUCAAACUUAUUGCAUAUGGCCGGUGACUUGAAUAAGGCACUAAAGGACCUCGUCACCGUUAUGACGGAUCAGGAAAUUGAACAAAGUGAUUUGAAUGAGAAAGAAUAAAAGAGUCAAUCAGCUUUUUGGAAAGUUGAAUCAUGAGAAUAUUUGUUAAAAAAUAUUGUGAACGAAAUCAACACAUAAUCAAUCUUAUAUCAAUCUAAUAUCGAUAAUAUCAUUAAUUAUUAAGUAGCGAGAAUGUCCUUUUUUAACAAAAUACAAAAAAAAAAGCUAGUAAAAAAUUGAAGUAGCACUCAAAAUCUCUUUCUUUAUAUCCAUAUACAUCUCUACGUCUACAUUUCAGCAUUUUCUAUUUCUAUCCUAUGAAAAAAAAAGUAAAAAUUAAAAAUGGACAAAAACUUUUUAUCCUUCUUCUAAAUCAUACAGUCUCACAUCAAAGAAUAUAAAAUCUUUUUCUACUUCUUUACAUGGAGGAAAAUACACUCAUAGAAAUUUUUACAAUUUAUAAAAAUACCUACAAAAAAAAGUAACGCUUCACGUGGAAGUUUUGCAAUAGAAACUUAAAGAAUUUAUUGAAACAAAAGAUGGAAAAUGAUGGAAACUUUCUAAUGGCAGUGGAAAUUUAUUGUUCAUCAUCGACAUCCUUGAAAUUGAAACCAUAGUUGGAAAUAAAGUCAGUUAUUCAAGGCUGUUCUAGAUUGCACUAGAUUGCACUAGGCUUUGAAAGACCAGAAAUGCGAUGACUGAAAAACUAGAAAUUAAUGUCUCGUGAUUUUACUUCAAAGGUCAAGCUUUGUUACAUAAUAAGAUAUUGGACAACCUUUUUGAUAUCAAGAGCCAUGACUUGUUAUAUCAAGAUCCAUGAAUUGUUAUUAACCGAGCACCUAUAUUCGCAUUGGCAGAUUUGAUUCCGAAAGGCUCAAUACCUAACCCUAAACUACAAAAAGCUAGAUACCAGCUAGAUUUCAACAACUCUACAAUGUUUAAUAAAAUACUUUAAAAUCAUCUUAAUUAAUAAAGUUAAAUAAGUUCCUUUCCAAUCCAAACGAAAAAAUGAUUAAAAAUGUUUCCAAAGGUUGGAUAUUUUUGAAGAAACACUCAACUCUUUGGAGAUUAUAAUUUGUAGAUAGACAAAAAUUAAAAUAACGAGAAAAUCUAAGAUGAUUGAUCUUAUUCUUAUGACAAUUAGUAAGAAUAUAUCAAAUUAUUAUCGAAAAUUUAGUAGAUAAUUCCUGUAAAACCUUAAUAUUUUGCUGAUAAUUGAGAUGAUUCUGAAGUUAUUUAACGAGUAGAGUUUUGAGAGCCAUAAUGUAUCUUUUGAUGAAUAAUUCAUUUCAAAUUAAAAUGUUUUUUGAGAGAAUGGCUGUACAUUUAACAGCUAACCUUCAAAGCAGUCAGAAUCCCCUGUCAUUAGAAAUUUUCCUUAAAUUUCCAACUUUAAACUUUAAAACAGAAAUUAAACCUUUUAAAAUAAAAAACUUACAAUCCACAUUUUAUCAAUCAAACUACAAAACAAAAUGAAACUUAGAUAAAUUAAAUUUUUAAUUAUUACUAAAUGAAACGAGGACCUUGAUCAAGUGGAGAUGCGAACUUAGUUAAUAUUGUAAAGGAAGAUGAAGUUGCAAAAAUAGACAACUUUGUCUUUCCUAUAACUAGACUAAAGUUUGGCAUAUUAAUACUGAUCAAACCUAAAAUCCUCAAAACCUAAAAUAAACCAAAAAGUGUAUUUUUAUUGAUUAAGAAUUCAUUCCCAAUUAUUUUCGAAAAACUUUAAUUUAAUACUUUUCUAUCACUUAGCUUUUCUACCGAUUAAACUACAUAUUUAGCUAACUUUAAUUCUGUUAUGAUUCUUUAUAGAAAUUUUAUUCUUAUUUAUGAAAAGAAAUUGUUCUCAUUCAUAGCUACUAUAUUAAUUAAUUAUAUCGUGGAACUCGAUACGAAAAAAAAUUUAAUUUUUUAAUUACAAUUUUUCCACACUUGUUGUUACAAUUUUUUUUUCUUUUGGUUAUUUAAAAAUGUUUCUGUAAAUGUAUUAAAAAAAUGCAUCGUCGCAAAAAAAAAGCAUGAAUGACGAUGACGGAAAUGUAGUUAAAAUGAUAUUUUGUAACUUGAGCUACUAGAUGAAGAUGAAUAAUCAGUAAUAUGAAUUAUGGAACCAAUAAUACAUAAAAAUUAAUUAAUUAUCAAGAAAUACUAUCAUGAUUAUUAUUAUCAAGAAAAGAAUACGAGAUAUGAUGGAAAAUUGAUGGAGCUGGAUGUUGAUGCCGACAUUUUAAUGGAUUUAUCAAAAAAAAUAUUGACUACAUAUUCCUUUCAUUAUUGACUAAUGAUUCUAAUAUGUAAGAAACAUCUGAAAAUGUCGCGCAUCAUCAAUCACCAUACUCUGAAAAUUUACAGUAGUCACUGACAUUCUACAGUCACUCAUAACAUAAAACACACAUAUUAUACAUUAAAAUACAUAUGAAAAACGAUCAUGAUUUUAAGAUGAUGUUCAAAUCGCAUGUAAAAGAUGGAAAAAAAAUCAUUAAUCAUUAAAUUUGAUGAAAUGCUUCAUAGUCAUAUCAUUUUUAGAAAUGGACAUAAAAUGAAAUAAGAAAGAAACAAUUUGAGAUAAAAUA